AUGUUUGAAGGUUUUGAUGAAUUUGAAAUUGAGGAAGUGUGCCUUCAUUCAGCAUUAAGGCAUGGUGAUAGCAUUUUAUGUGCUGCAUCAGUACGAGCAAACGCUUUGAAAGCCUUGAUCCCGUUAUAUGAGGACGAUGAACUAGGAAGAAAAUUAAAAUUGUUCACACAUAAAUAUCAACAAAGACUUCUUAGUUUAUCUUGGGACAAGAGCCGAUGCAAUCAAGCGAUUGCAAUAAAGCUAGUCACAGCUAUGUUCAGAUCCUAUCCGUACUUAUUCAGUAGGAAAGACUUGAACACGGUUUCAAGUUUGAUGUUCUCUCCAAAUCGAAAGGUUGCAGUGGCAGCAGGCACAUUUUUUCAUCAUGUCUUUUUAAGAUUGGAUGAAGAUUCAAAUGGGGCCGAGUUUGGGGUUCGAUGGUUCAGAUAUGUUUCAACUUCCACCAUUGAAUUGCAAGGUUUAAAUUUUAUUUCAUAUCUAGUGGAUGCCCUAGUUGCAAACAUUGAGAUAAUGAAAGAUUGGAAUUCGAUGAUACAUAUUUUAACUCAAGAAAAUGAUGAUCCUUUGACCCCAAUCCCCCAACCUCAAGAAAUUUUAAUUGAAAUUAUGUUUUGGUGUGCAAGUCUUUCAAGUACUGGUAAAUAUCCAGGGGAGAGAGCAACUGAUAAUAUGGUCCCAAGUUUAAAACAAAGAAAACAAAUGAAGGAAGAAAAAUUAAAUAUCACAAAACAUCUAAUGCCUAUGAUAGCAAUUCUGUUGGCUCGCUUCAAAACCAAUGUGAAUUGUAUUAUUCAUUUGAUCAGAAUACCUCAAUAUUUUGACCUCGAAAAUAUAAGUGAGAUGGAAGAUCUGCAUUUAAGGAAUUUAUUGGGCGCUCUGCAAAACAUCGCCCAGGAGUGUACCGACACAAUAGUGUUAGACAACUGCAGCAAGACUUUGCAUUGCCUUUAUAAAAGAAUAAAGAAAAGGGCAAGAAGCAUUGUUGCAGAUUGCGAUGCCGCCAUAUCGACCAUUGUCGACGAAUGCGCAUUUGUAUAUAUGGAGCCAUAUCUUGUAUGGCUAAAUAUAUGGGAUGAUUUUUUAGAAGAAUUUAAAGUGUUUAGGAAUGGUGUCAUUGAAAGAAAUCUUCCUAUCGAGGGAUCGAUAUACUGCCUACUUACCUACGGCACAUGUUUAUCUUGGAAAUUGAUGGAAGUAAAAGAUAUGGAUCUAAAUAAUAUGGUACUCAAUGCUAUGGCUUGUAUGAAACGAGCCGAUGUAUUGAAGUUAAAAUUGAAAAAAUAUAUUGAAAUCUGCAAGGACAUCGUAAAAAAUGUCACUCAUGAUGAUCUGCAACAAGCU